UUGACAAAACCAGAUAAUCAACGCUUGGCGACGGUGAGCUGACGGAAGGCAAUCAUCCAUCGUUCGCAGGUGGCGUUGUUCGGUGUCCGUUUGGUGUUUCCCUAGCCAAAUACAAAGUUCAGGUCGAAGACACGUUAAUGAUGGAGGAGUCUGAAUUAAUCGGUGUUGAAGAAAUUAAAGUGUCACUGGCUUUUGAAGACAUGCCAUUAGCUAUUGAGAGAAUUAAGGAUUAUUUUGUGCAGCAAGACAAUGUGGAGCUGAACAUUGGUGUAACCGGAGAGUCCGGCUCUGGAAAAUCCACAUUCAUUAAUGCCUUCAGGGGCUUGGGGGAUGAGGAUGAGGGCUCUGCUGAAACUGGUGUUGUAGAGACCACGAAGAUCCCUACUUGUUACCCUCAUUCAAAAUACCCAAAUGUCAAGUUGUGGGAUCUCCCUGGUAUUGGAACCCCCAAUUUCAUAGCAGAUGAAUAUCUUAAACAGGUUGGGUUCGAACGCUAUGAUUUUUUCAUCAUCAUCGCUUCAGAUCGCUUCAGAGAGUACCAUGCCCAUUUGGCAGCAGAGAUAGUUAAACAGGAUAAGAAGUUCUACUUUGUUCGCUCAAAGAUUGAUGCCAACAUUGCUGCGGAACAAAGAAAAAAAACAUUCAACAAAGAAAAGACACUGGACACAGUCCGAAAGGACUCCAUUGCAGGGCUGGAAAAGAUUGGUGUGAUCUCUCCUAAUGUCUUCCUGAUCUCUUGCUUCGAACUUGAUCUCUACGAUUUUAACAAACUUGAGAAGACCAUGGAAAUGGAACUUCCCCAGCACAAGAGACAUGUGCUAAUGCUGGCCCUUCCAAAUAUCACCCUGGAAAUUAAUGAGAAAAAGAAGAAGGAACUCCAGAAGAACAUAUUGAAAAUGGCUCUGCUCUCCGCUGGUACUGUAGCUGUGCCAAUCCCUUUAUUGAAUGCAGCUGUAUCAGUCAGUGUAGAUGUUGCCAUUUUGGUGGCUGAGCUUAAGAAAUAUUAUAAUGCUUUCAGUCUUGACCCUGCUUCCUUGCAGAGGCUCUCUGAAAGGUCUGAGAAGCCAGUAGAUGAACUGAAAGCUGUGUUAAAGUCUCCCCUGAAUCAAGAAAUAAGCAAAGCUCUGGUCAUUAGAUUGCUGACAGGUACCAGUUUUUUUGCUGUAAAAACAGCAGCAAAAUUCUGGCUGGGUUUGAUCCCUGGCCUAGGCUCUCUAGCAGGUGGUUUACUGUCCUUUGCCACUGUGUACUGCAUGCUAAAGCGCUGUCUUGAUGAGCUGGCUCAAGAUGCCCACAAUGUGCUUAUGGUUGCACUGCAGACUGCAGUGUAAAAGUGAAUACCCCUGCCAAUAUAUUGAAGGGAGCUUGCAUUAGAUUUUAUUUUCUGUUUAUCAGUUUUAUUUUAUUUCACAUUUGAACAUAUAAAUAUUUUUCAAACUAGCUUUAAUAUUCUAAAGAUGGGAUUGGUUUAUGUAGUUGUUAAUUAAUCAACUUUAAUCAAACUAAUACUGAAAAAGUAUAUGUUUUAAAUUAUUUUGCUUGCAUGCUGUUACACACUGCAUUUUGUUAAACUUUGAUAUGUAACGCUGCUGCUGACAACUCUUGAUGGCCUACUUUGGUGUCAUCUGACACACCAGUGAGAAGCAGCAUCGAAUUGCACACAGUGUACUCUCAACCAGACCCUCAGACCCCUACGGGACAGAGUGACAGACACACAGUCUUUCACACACUCACCCAAGGACAACUUUAUUAGACAUGCAGACACACACGCCAUGACAAUUUAUUUAGCCAAUUUUCCUAUCCUACAUGCUCAGAGGAGAACAUGCUAACCACCAAGACAUCAGUUGACUUGACUAUUAAAAAUCAAACUGUUACCAGUUAUCAAUGUAGCUAGUUCAAUCAAACCUUAAAGGUCCCUUUUUUCAAGAGUAUUUUUCAAAACAAUACACUGCUAUAUCUGGAUUGGAAGGAUCAGUAGUUCUUGUAGUUGCUUCUCCCAUCAAUAAUUUCAGUUAAAGAUAAGGGGACAAAGCUCAUAGUCCUCAUCGUUGGUAAAAAAUGAUAAUAAUAAUAAUAAGAAGAAAAUGUAUAAUAAAUGCACACAUACUGUCACAGUUAGUCUCUCCCAGCUUUCCUGCUCCAUGUUUUCCUUGUCUCGUGUAUUUUAGUUCCAUUCCGUAGUAUCCUUUUCUCCGCUCCUCAUUUGAUUUUCCA